AUGUCCCAGAGCAAGGCUGGCAGGCGGAGGAGGUCGAGUAGUAUCAUCUACCAGGAACCCGCCGAGUCCAUUGAGCAUACUAGCGACCAGGCUGCCCUCCCGAACUUGAAUGCGAACUGGGUUAAUGCUAAAGGUGCCUGGACCAUCCACUUUGUUCUGAUUGCGGCCUUGAAGAUCUUCUACGACAUCCUCCCCGGCAUUUCGCAGGAAACAUCAUGGACUCUCACCAACAUCAGUUAUAUGUUUGGAUCCUUUCUCAUGUUCCACUGGGUGCGGGGCAUCCCAUUUGAAUUCAACGCUGGCGCCUAUGACAACCUCAACAUGUGGGAGCAAAUUGACAACGGGGACCAAUAUACCCCGGCGAAGAAGUUCCUGCUCUGUGUGCCAAUUUGCCUUUUCCUUCUCAGCACGCAUUACACUCACUACGACCUGACGUACUUUGUCAUCAACUUCCUAGCCACCUUGGGAGUGGUCCUUCCCAAGCUACCCUUCUCCCACCGAUUACGGAUAGGCCUUUUUUCCGAUAUACCUGAAGAGUAA